AUGGCAGAUUCAGCGGCUGUAAAAGCGAGUGACGUCGCCCCUGUGAAGAAGGACAAGAAGGCGGCAAAGGAAGCAAAGCGUGAGCGUCGUGCUGCGGCCAAGUCAGAUGCGCCUUCACAAACUCCGACGGCGCCGAGCGGCAAAGGAGGCCUGCGCCCAGCGGCCUCAGCGCCCAAGGUUAAGGACACUGCCGUUUCAACCAAAGCAGUCACAGGAUCGUUAGAUGAAGACCUUUCAACCGUGGGCGUGCUCGGUGAUGCUUCACUUUUUGGCAACGUGACACUACCUCGCAAUGCGCGCGUGAACUCCGCUAGCUGGAGCACAGCUUUAGCUCGUGGCACUAUUCAUCCCGCUGUGCUGGAUUUGUGCCACCAGAUGUCAACAUUCGCCAUUCGUGGCGCCAAUAAGCGUGCAGUCGCUGUACUUCGUGCAUUAUCUGCCGUCAUCGAGGACUACAAGACCCCACAGGGAGCCGUACUUAGCCGCGACCUGCUAACGCGUGUUUCGCAACAGGUCGGUUUCAUUGUCGAGUCGCGUCCGCUGAACACGGCCUCAGGACACGCCGUUCGGUUCCUCAAAUAUGAAAUCAGUGUUGUCGAUGCGUCGCUAAGCGAAGAUGAAGCGAAGGAGCACUUGAUUGGUCGUAUUGAACAUUUCAUUCGUGACAGGAUUGUUUAUGCUGCUAAGGUGAUUCAAACUCAUGCAGCGUCAAAGAUCCACGAUGGCGACGUUGUUUUGACUUACGCACAUUCCUCUGUCAUUGAAGGCACAUUGAUCCACGCUCACAACCAUGGCGUUAGAUUUGAGGUGAUAGUGAUCGACUCACGCCCGCUUUUUGAAGGCCGGCUGCUCGCUGAACGACUGCUGGAAGCGGGUAUCCCAACAACAUACGGUCUGAUUGCAUCUUUAAGCACACUCGUACCUCGUGCAUCAGUUGUACUUCUCGGAACGGCAUCCCUCCUUUCGAAUGGCGCACCAUAUGCUCGUUCUGGCACCGCCAUGUGUGCUAUGAUGGCACAUGGCUUUGGUGUACCUGUGAUUAUUUGCUGUGAAACGUACAAAUUCAGUGACCGGAUUCAACUGGACAGUUUCGUCGUAAACGAGGCUGGUCAAAGUAGUGAUCUCUUGUCCCAAGAAGAUGACAAUACGCUGACAGACAGUGUUCUCCUUACGCGAGCUGAAUGUGGCGCACAGUCACGACUGAAAGUUGUGCAGUUGCUGCAUGACGUCACACCGCCUCGGUACGUGAGUGCGAUUGCAUCCGAAGUUGGCCUUAGUGGCACGGAGAGCGUGGGUGUGAUUCUUCGAGACUACAAGAGCGUUCUUUUCGGUGUAUAG